AUGCAGAAGAGACGGAGCGUGGCCCCGAGCGCGGACCUGCCGGGCCCGCGGGCGCUGGAGCCGGAGCCGGAGCCGGGCGGGCCGCGCCGCCGGGGCCGCUCGGGCUGCGGCGCCAAGAGCUGCGGGAAGGCGGCGCAGGCGCACUCGAGCCGCCGAGCUUGCAGCAAGCAGCCGCGGAAGACCACCGGCUCUCCGUCGGGCGCCGCGGAGGAAGCGCAGCCUCCCGCCCCGGGCUCGGGCACCUCGGAGCCCCGCGCGCCUGCGCCUGCGCCUCCCCGCAUGGAGCCCCGCGCGGCGCCCUCCCGCCACUGCGACGGCAGGAAGAAGAUGGCGGCGGCCGUGGCGGCGGCGGCGGCGGCGAGCGCGCAAGCGCACGCGCACGCGCAGGGCCCGAUGACGUCACUCGCGCGCGCCGGCCGCAAGGACCCGGAUGGCGGCGGCGGCGGCGGCGGCGGCGGGAGCGGCGGCCGGAGCAGCGGCGGCUCGGGCUCGGCCGAGGGGCGGGGCGAGGCGGGGCGGGGGCCGGGCGGAGGUUGGCGGGAGGCGGCGGCCGCGGUGGCGGUGGCGGGCGCUCGCAACAUGGCGGGCGGCCACGGCGAGGCGGCGACCCCCGCGGGAGACGACGGCGGUUCCGAGCGCGAGCGCGAGCGCGAGGCGGAGCAGCCCCCGAAGGCGCCGCAGCGCACCGAGACGCUCGGCUUCUACGAGAGCGACCGGCGGCGCGAGCGGCCGCGCGGCCCGGGCUCAGGGCUUUCAUUAUUGAGGUUCCUCAGUGCUGAACUAACAAGAGGGUACUUCCUGGAACAUAAUGAGGCCAAGUAUGCAGAAAGAAGAGAAAGAGUGUACACUUGUAUGCGAAUACCAAGAGAACUGGAAAAGCUCAUGGUGUUCGGGUUCUUUCUGUGCUUGGAUGCCUUCCUGUAUAUCCUCACCUUGCUGCCCCUCAGAGUCUUCCUGGCCCUGUUUCGCCUUGUCACGCUUCCUUGCUAUGGUUUAAGGGACAGACGCCUGCUGCAGCCUGCCCAGGUAUGCGACAUUUUGAAGGGCAUCCUGCUGGUGAUCUGCUAUUUCAUGAUGCACUACGUCGACUACUCCAUGAUGUAUCACCUGAUACGGGGCCAGUCGGUCAUCAAGCUCUACAUCAUUUACAACAUGCUCGAGGUAGCAGAUCGUCUGUUCUCAUCGUUUGGACAAGAUAUAUUGGAUGCUCUUUACUGGACAGCCACAGAACCUAAAGAACGGAAAAGAGCCCACAUUGGGGUGAUUCCUCACUUCCUAAUGGCCGUUCUCUAUGUCUUCUUGCACGCCAUUCUCAUUCUGGUUCAAGCAACAACUCUCAACGUAGCUUUCAACUCACACAACAAGUCCCUGCUCACAAUCAUGAUGUCUAACAAUUUUGUUGAAAUUAAAGGAAGCGUUUUCAAGAAAUUUGAAAAGAAUAAUCUUUUUCAAAUGUCCAAUAGCGAUAUUAAGGAACGAUUCACAAAUUAUAUACUCUUACUAAUAGUGUGCUUAAGAAACAUGGAGCAAUUUUCUUGGAAUCCAGAUCAUUUCUGGGUGCUGUUUCCAGAUGUCUGUAUGGUGAUUGCAUCAGAGAUUGCUGUGGAUAUUGUAAAGCAUGCCUUUAUCACCAAAUUCAAUGACAUUACUGCAGAUGUCUAUAGUGAAUACAGAGCCAGCCUUGCUUUUGACCUUGUUAGCAGCCGACAGAAAAAUGCCUACACAGAUUAUAGUGACUCCGUCGCACGGAGGAUGGGUUUUAUCCCACUUCCACUGGCUGUCUUACUCAUCAGAGUGGUGACAAGCUCGAUUAAAGUGCAAGGGAUCCUGUCUUACGCCUGUGCCACACUCUUCUAUUUUGGGUUGAUAUCCCUGAAAGUACUAAAUAGUAUCGUGCUACUGGGAAAAUCGUGCCAAUAUGUCAAAGACGCCAAAAUGGAAGACAAACUGUUUAAUUCUGCCCCCACCAGCACUCCCGGCAAACCAUCCUCCUCAUCACAGAGCAAAUGCAAGCCGUCUCCAGAGGAGACCCUGUCUGCUUCAGUGUCCAGCCAGCCCCUCCAUCCCAAGGAGAGUGUCACUCCCCUGCUGGUGACCAGCAAUUCCGACCAGUUCCUGACAACCCCGGACGGUGACGAGAAGGACAUAACGCAGGACAGCUCGGAGUUGAAACACAGGGCGUCCAACAAGAAAGACCUGUUGGAGAUCGACAGGUUCACGAUCUGCGGCAACCGCAUUGACUGACCCCGGGCUCUGGCUGCAGGACGGGCGCUGCAGAUGUCACAGUGGCACUUACGUAUUUAUUUAAAAAAACAACUUAAGUUAUUAAUGGAGAGAGCAAAUCUAAGUAUCUUCCUUUCGGUCCUGUGGUCUGGCCCAAGGUCAGCGGGACCCGUGGUCUGGACUUGGGGAGAUGUGAGACGCCAGGCAGCCCCUCGCUUGCCUCACAGCAGACAAAGCUCGUGGCCUUCAGGCUCGGGGCCUGGAGCUGCAUCAGGUCUUCGGUUCAACCACCCUGAGCUUCCAGAGCAUUGAACUUGGCCUUGAGGCCUCCUCAGUCUAAGGACAUACCUGGAAAACUGUGAAGCUUUUCCCCACGACCUAGGACAUCACCUUUCCAGUCUCAUUUUAUUCCCAUCAGCAGUUUUCAGACUUGACUUCAUCUGCCAAAGCAUUAAAGAAAAAAAAACAACUAAAACUUUCAAGAUCAAUGUUCUUACCAUCAGAAUAAUCUUGGGAGACAUAUUGGAAUCACUCAGAAUGCGAAAGAAAGGAAAAAGAAAAGUUCCCUUAAACUAAGAUGUGAUGAAUUAAUAUAGCAUAUUUUUUAUAUAGGGGUGGGGAACCCUAAAUCAGUUUUGUUUCUGUCAAAAAAAAUAUGAAUGAAGGUAAUGCAUCUCUGAGAAAAUGUUGCAUCAUUUUUU